CAUAGGAUUUAGUAAUAAAGCAUUAGAACUGAUAGCAGGUUCAUAUCCGAAUCUGAAGUAUCUCAAUCUGUGCAAUAAUCAGUUAGGUAGCUUUAGGAGCUUUCGUGCUCGAGAAGUAGAUUAUGGAGAGAUUACUGAACAUUCAAUUUGCGGUAUUAUUUGUUUCUCUCCAAAGCUCCAGCAUCUUGACAUUACCUUUUGUGAAAUUACUGAUAUAACAAUCAAAGAAAUUGCUAGAUCAUGUCUUAAUUUAAAAUAUCUUAAUCUGGAAGGGUGUGAUAAUAUUAGUAAAGAAGCUAUAGAUCAGCUAAAUCCAAAUACCCAU